CAUAAAACACCUUGGUGUGUUUACGGUCUCUGCGAAUCAGCCGGCGGGCAGCACCGUUUCACAUGCAUUAUUUUUAAUUUCAGUGCCCUGUUUUCUUUAUUUAAAUCCUGCGCAUUAAGGUCGCAUUUACAUGUAAUAGCGGAGAGAGUGUUGUGCUGGACAUUUUGAGGAGAAAUCUCAACACCUGUCUUUGUUAGCAAGUUAGCCUCGCUAAACUCCUCAGCCGUUUAGCAGCCCUCAUCUUUUAUUUCCUUUCAUGGUAUUCUGUUUAUUGUUAUUCUUUAAAUUCAUAUCAUAAUAUCUUUAGUCAGACAGCAGUUAUAGCCAAACGUGUAUUAACGGAGGAGCUCUUUGUUCGUGGCUCAGGAACAAGACCCACAUCAGCACCGCCUUGCAGUGAUGACGAGGAUGAUGAUGGUGCUGAAGAGGAGACAGAGCUGAGAGCCGAGUGUGUGUGGUUGUGUUGCGUUAGCAUCGGGAGCAGGCAGAACCCCCCUCCCCACACACACUGCAUCCAUGUUCUCCCCCGACCAGGAAAACAUCUCCACAUCCUCAACCAAAGUGCCAGUCAAAUACGGAGAACUCAUUGUGCUCGGGUAUAAUGGCUCUCUACCCAACGGGGACAGAGGGAGAAGGAAGAGCAGGUUUGCUCUCUUCAAAAGACCCAAAUCCAAUGGCGUCAGACCAAGCACUGUACAUGUAUCCUGCACCCCACAGGCGGCCAAGGCCAUAAGUAACAAGGAACAGCACAGCAUUUCCUACACGCUGUCCCGAGUACAGACUGUAGUGGUGGAGUACACUCAAGACAGCAAUACAGACAUGUUUCAGAUUGGCCGCUCAACCGAGAGUCCUAUAGAUUUUGUGGUGACCGACACUGUUCCCGGGAGUCAGAGCAACUCAGACACGCAGUCAGUUCAGAGCACCAUCUCUCGCUUCGCAUGCCGGAUCAUGUGCCAGAGGACGCCCCCUUACACCGCCCGCAUCUCUGCUGCUGGGUUCGACUCCUCCAAAAACAUUUUUCUGGGGGAGAAGGCAGCAAAGUGGAAGACGUUAGACGGACAGAUGGACGGUCUGACUACUAACGGCGUGUUGGUGAUGCAUCCUCGGCUCGGGUUCACGGAAGACUCCAAACCCGGUGUGUGGAGAGAGAUUUCAGUGUGCGGAAAUGUGUUCACUCUGAGAGAGACCCGCUCGGCUCAGCAGAGAGGAAAAAUGAUAGAAAACGAGACGCAAGAGUUGGUAGACGGCUCUCUGAUCGACCUCUGUGGAGCGACCCUCUUGUGGCGUACAGCUGAGGGGCUUUCCCGCACUCCCACCGUCAAACACCUGGAGGCGCUCCGACAGGAGCUGAACGCUGCUCGACCCCAGUGCCCCGUGGGCUUCAACACCCUCGCCUUCCCCAGCAUGCGCAGGAAAGACAUAGUGGACGAGAAGCAGCCUUGGGUUUACCUAAAAUGCGGCCACGUUCACGGCUACCACAACUGGGGGAACCGCGACGCCGAGCGGGACGGAAGAGAGGGCCGGGAACGGGAGUGUCCAAUGUGCCGUGCUCGUGGGCCGUACGUGCCGCUGUGGCUCGGCUGCGAGGCGGGGUUUUAUUUAGACGCAGCCCCACCCACUCACGCGUUUAGUCUGUGCGGUCACGUGUGCUCGGAAAAGACAGCGGCGUAUUGGAGUCAAAUCCCCCUCCCCCAUGGAACGCACACUUUUCACGCCGCCUGUCCCUUCUGUGCGCAGCAGCUCAGCGGCGAACAGGGAUACAUCAGACUGAUCUUCCAGGGGCCUGUGGAUUAAACACACCAGCCUAUGGCCCGAUAACCCCCCAGCCUGCUAACUUACAAUAAAUAUUCAAAUGAACAUUCAGCCUUGAUCUGUCUCUUCCAGUUCUGUUCUUGUUAUUUUGCUUUUCUUUUAAUAAAGCCCACUUUCUCUGCGCUCUCAGACUGUUUUCGUUCUUCCUCGGGUUUGUAAGUGACCUUUAUACAGCUUUUUCGAAUACAGAGAAAAACAAAAAAGAUAUAUAUUUUCAAAUAAAAUGAAAAUCCAAGCAAAAAAGAUGAAUGGACCUACUGAAAACAGCAAAGCGUAUGCACACGCCCAUGUUUUGGAGUGUUUUGAUUGGCCGGCUCUGGUUUUCAUUUGAAGUGGUGGGAGUGGCCGUCAUAGAUAGUGAUGUGUACAGUAAUACUCAGCAUUAGAGAUGCAAUACACCAUCCUUGUUUAUGAGCUAAUAGAAGAGUCUAUUUGUACUCGGAUCAUUCAAUAAUUCCCAGUGUUUCACAAAGCAACUUCAUUAGAUUUCAAAAGUUGUUUUCCGUAUAAUUCAGAUAUGUCUAACUUAAAGAAUACGUGUAAACGUUUUUAUUUAUACACAAUAUCAAUGUUUAUCAAAGAUAAUUAUUGGUGUGUUUUUGGGGAGUUUUAUGUAGCUGUUUUUGUUUCUAUUUUUUAGUAUCUCCUGGUCUUUAAUGUCUCAAUGUGAGUCUUUUUCCAUCUUCUACUUGUAGCUUUUGGUAGAGGUCAGAACUUUCUCUGUCCUGUGGUUUGUUCUCAUUUAUGUAUGUAACACAAUUGUGCGUGUGUGAAAUCAUCUUUGCAAUAGUUUCACAGUAAACCAUUAAGGUAAUGCACACAAAAAAAAGUUAUUCCUGAACACCAGACACAUCAGAACUUCCAGAAAGGUUUAAGAGGCCUCCCUUUAAGCACAGGCCAAAACCACGAGCCCUAUCGGUGACUGUAUGAUUGUCCAUGAGUGUUUGCAAAAAUUGUGCGGAUAGGUCAGCUACUAAUAUCUGUCUACCAUAAUCUUGUUUGGAUAUUGUAGAAACAUUGUGAAAUUCAGUCCUCCAGAGAAUGCAUCUUAAAUUAUUUGCUUCCAUUAAGGAGCAUUUGCCCAACAUUGUGCUAGAUUAUCAACACAAGAGUUUGGGUUUCUGAAUGUUUUUAUUUUGAUAGUUUCAUGCUCUCGGAAGCCAAUAAUUCACUGCACAAACAGUGUUUAUCCUCAUUGCGCUUGGACCCGAAGGCUGGUUCCUACCAAGUGGCAGAUGAAUUUGAGCCAAAAUACCGUAGAGCGUGAUUGGAUGCGCAACUUUUUAACAACAAACUAUAUAAGAAGCAUUUUAAUAAAAUAGCAAAAAUAGCAGGCUCAAAUAAACAUGCAUUUGAGUUAUGCUAUUUGCAUUCUGCAGUUUUUCUUGCCGUUUUGGACAAUUUCAGACAGACCUGCUGCAACCCUUCAGUCAAGAACCACUGCACUAACAUUUGUGUUAAACAUGUUUGGAUCCCUCAUGUUAUUCUACUGAUUUGCUCAUGUCUGGACAUUUGAGUUGUGAUUCAUUGUGUACCCAACACCUAUGAAAACAUAAUUCCAAUAGAGGUCAACACUUCAGUGCAAAAUACAUUUUAGGAACGUUUGUUUUUAUUUGUAUUUAUUUAUUUUCAAAGUUGAGUGAUACCACUUUUCCUUCUUCCAUUACAUACAGACCGCAUUCUGUGCAUCAUGAACUGUUUGCCAGCAAGUUAAACAUUUAGUUCCACUUGAAGAAAUAACCUCUGUGUAUGAGUAUGCUAAUAUAUUUGAAAUUUUUAUUUCUGUAAUGACAUUUGAUUUAAUGUAUUGUAUACUGUCGUGUGUACGGCGUGAAUGUGUUAAAUGUACUGUACUGUUUCAUGUAAAAAUCUGGACAGCGUAUGUUGAAUCCAAAGGGUUGAGAAUUCCAGAAUUGUGUGAAAUGGAUUCUGAUAUUCUCCCUGGCUGUGGAUUCCACACUCGUGCCAGAAAUCGUUCAGUUCCUGCUGUUCUGAACAGCGACCAGGCACAGCAUGCUGGUGCAGUUAUCACCUCAGGGAGUUUCCUGCAUCCUGACCACCAGGGUUUGUGUUCAUGAAGUAUUUCAGAUCCACGCAGCUGAUCUGGGAUCUGUGUGUUCUAUAAGCGACUCGGAAGCAUGAUUACGUCACAGAGACAUCUUGUGUCUUGUGUGUUUCUCAUUUUGAAAUCUGAAUUUGAGGAUAUCUCAUUUUCACAGUUUCCCUCGUUCUCAUUCUGUGUCGUCUUUCCAGUAUUAAGCACACUAAAUUUUUGAAUCACAUUUGGACCUUUUAAGGGUAUCGCGCGUUUUGAGACUCUGUGUAAAGGGCUUUAACCUUUUUAUUUUUUUGUCUUUGGCUGUCUUGUCUUCAUGUUUUGGCCUAACCAUUCUGCAUGAUCCUUGUUCAAGUGUGUGUGUGUGUGUGUUGUGUGCGUGCGUGUGUGUGUGAGAGCGAGAGAGAGAAAAUGUGUUCUUGUAUUCUGACAAUAACAGAACGCUUACAGGCAAAUGCUGAGAAUGUUUCUGAUCUACCAUUUUUGUACCAACUUUAAACAAAUAAAAUUUUCUAA